CGGAUGUUAUGUCCGGAUAAAGACGACAAACACUCAGAUAUAAUUUAAAUGCGGUCGAGUCCACACCACGGCGACGGUGGAGGAGGUGGAGGUGGAGGAGCUGAGGGCAUGAACCAGGCCGAAGGUGCAGACGGAGGCGGCGGCGAGGAGGGAGUCGGGUGGUGGCGGUGGCGGCGGCGGCGGAGUGCGAUGGAGUGUAGCGUCAACUGCGUGAUGGCAUUCUGUCGAAGAAAGCCACACUGGCCGACGGUGCUGCCCGUGUUGGGGGUGGGCUGGCUCGUGGCGACCUUCCUGACGGGUUAUGGCAUGUACAUGGUCAUCUGCCACGCCCCGACGCACCACCUGCAUGUCUUCACUACUCGGGGCUACCAGACGAUGAUCGACAGGACCAGCGACGUCAGCACUUGUGGAGGCUCGUGGACGGUGGGCCAGGGCCAGGCGACGCUCAUCCUCGGCUGCUUCCUCAACGGGUUCAUCCUCGCGCUCAUGCUCUUCAACAUGUUCCUCGACCGCCGGUUGCAGCACCCAAUUCAGAUACAGGAACAACCACCAGACUACGAGACGCUGAUCAAGGAAGAAACUCCUCCGCCUUCCUACUCUGAAGUCUUCUCCUCCCCCCCCUCCCCCUCAUCCUCCUCAUCCUCCUUGUCAGGCGUCUUGUUCGUCUCAUCGUCUCCAACUCCAUCCAACCACCCGCUCAUCAUUGUCUAGUCUGGUGUGUGUGUGUGUGUGUGUGUGUGUGUGUGUGUGUGUUGCAGUAGUAGUAGAUUGUUGUGAUCUGUAAUGUUUAAUAAUCUGCACUUGUUAUCUUCUUCGGCUUUACUUAUUUUAGCUUGUAUUAGUUUAGCUUGUAUAGUGAUUGUAACCUGUGUUCUUUUAAGAGCAUGUUAAUUUCUUUUGUAGCCUGUAUUCCCUAACUUAUUAAUAUACAGCCAUCAUCCUCA